UUUUUUUAAGUUAUAAUAGACAAAUUACAGGUCAGUAACAGCUUUCCACGACGAAGCAGACUACAAACUAGAAAAGACUGACCUUCUCAGGAAACAAAAAAUUAAACAACACAACUCAUCUCGUCUCGUCUCGUCUGGUCUAUUCUCGUCUCCUAUUCCCAGUAGAAUACACCUUAGUACCUGCAAAACUUAAACCUAAAUCACUUUCUUUUUUCCCUUUCUAUUGUUAUUCAAUUUCCAAUAUUCAAACCCUAACAGAUCGGUUCUUCAUCGUCCGUACUCCGAAUUAAUCAAUCAUGCCUUCCCGUCGAAGAACUCUCUUGAAGGUCAUAAUCCUCGGCGAUAGCGGGGUCGGGAAGACCUCUUUGAUGAAUCAAUAUGUGAAUAAGAAGUUUAGCAAUCAAUAUAAGGCAACAAUCGGAGCUGAUUUCUUGACUAAGGAAGUGCAGUUUGAAGAUAGGCUCUUCACUUUACAGAUCUGGGAUACUGCUGGCCAGGAAAGAUUCCAAAGUCUUGGCGUUGCUUUCUAUCGUGGUGCUGAUUGUUGUGUUCUUGUAUAUGAUGUUAAUUCAAUGAAAUCAUUUGACAAUCUCAAUAAUUGGAGAGAAGAAUUCCUCAUACAGGCAAGCCCUUCUGAUCCAGAGAAUUUCCCAUUUGUUGUUCUUGGAAACAAGAUUGAUGUGGAUGGUGGAAAUAGUAGAGUGGUUUCAGAAAAAAAGGCAAGAGCGUGGUGUGCCUCUAAAGGGAAUAUACCAUACUUUGAGACUUCAGCCAAAGAAGGCAUCAACGUUGAAGAAGCUUUCCAAUGCAUUGCAAAGAAUGCCCUGAAGAGUGGGGAAGAGGAGGAGAUAUACUUGCCAGAUACCAUUGAUGUUGGUAACAGCAGUCAGCCUAGGUCAACUGGAUGUGAGUGCUAAAACUGUGGCUUUUGAUUCUUGAGAUUCAAUAACCUAUCAAGUCUUAUAAAUGGUUUGGCCUCUUUCUAGCGAUUCUUAUUCGUAUGUAUGAGUUUAUACUGUACAUUAGCGUUUGUGGGAAACAAAUUGGUCAAUUGGUGCUGGUUUUGGUGCCUUUCUGUAAAACUGCUGUGAUUUGUUCAGGUUGUGGUUGAUUUGUUCUAGGCACUAUCCUGUUACUGUUAUUUAGUCUUGUUACUAUCACAAAAGUCAUUUCUUUUUUGUUUAAUGAUCAAUGUAUUUGAUUUGAGUUCCAUAAAUAGAAACAUUACAUAUCAAUGCUUUUUA